UCUCCAUAAAACAGUUGUUUCAAAUCACAUUUUCAUUGAAUUUCAAGGCUUUCAUGUCCCCAUUUGACACCUCCCUCAUUUACACCACCUGGGUUUCCUCUCUUCUCCACGUUCUUGCAUCUUUUUUGAGUCUACAUUUGUCCCUUUUCAAAUCUUUCUUUAUUGUUGAUUAAUAUGUUGGUUUCCUCUCUUCUCCAAUAGUUUUCUGUUUCUUUCAUUUCGCUGUGUUUCAAGUUAUUUCAUAGAAUUGGUUAUAGUAUUCCUUGGUGUUCUUGCAUAAUUUAUUUGCAUGUUGUUUUACAUUAGUUCAAGAUCUAAAAGUUCCAUUUCAUGGAUCUUGUAAGCAAAAGCUCUAUUCCCCCAAUCACAAGUCCUACUGGUAGCUCAAUCUCUGCCCCUCAUUCUCAUUCUUCAGACACAAGUUUCCCCAUUAUAGCCAUCGCCAUCAUAGGAAUUUUAGCAACAGCUUUCUUGCUAGUUAGCUAUUACAUCUUUGUCAUCAAAUGCUGCCUCAACUGGCACCGCAUCGAUCUUCUCAGGCGAUUCUCUCUAUCAAGAAACCGAAAUCAUGAAGACCCUUUAAUGGGCUACUCUCCUGCAAUGGAAACUCGUGGACUGGACGAGUCAGUGAUAAGGUCAAUCCCAAUAUUCAAGUUCAAGAAAGGAGGCAAGAUCAGUAGAGACUUUGGAGAAAGAAACUUCUGUGAAUGUGCAGUUUGCUUGAACGAGUUUCAAGAAGAUGAGAAGCUGAGGAUAAUACCAAAUUGUGGCCAUGUUUUCCAUAUAGAUUGUAUCGAUGUUUGGCUUCAAAAUAAUGCUAAUUGUCCACUUUGCAGAAACAGCAUUUCAACCACCAAUACAAGAUUCCCUAUUGAUCACAUUAUAGCUCCAAGCUCUUCCCCACAAGAUCCAAAUCCUUACAGCGAAAGUGUCAUUGGUGGAGAUGAAGAUUAUGUUGUUAUUGAAUUGGGUAAUCAUAAUUCUGCAGAUCAAACAUUGCUUGCAGCACAGGAAAGAUUGAUGAAUUCAGGGGAAUUAUCAGUACGUUCGAUUAGCCCUUCACCAAGGAGGAAACUAGAGCAGAGAGGAUCAGCUCUUCACAAGAAAGCAAGAAAAUUUAACAAGAUAACUAGCAUGGGUGAUGAAUGUAUUGACAUUAGAGGUAAAGAUGAUCAAUUUGCAAUCCAACCCAUAAGGAGAUCUUUUUCAAUGGAUUCAUCAGCAGAUCGGCAGCUGUACUUAUCAAUUCAAGAGAUUGUUCAGCAGAGCAGGCAAGUAAUUACUGAGGUCACUCCCAUUGAAGGUUGUAGUAGUACUGGUAGACCAAGAAGAACAUUCUUUUCUUUUGGUCAUAGCAGAGGAUCAUCAAGAAGUGCAGUCUUACCAGUUUAUUUGGAGCCAUAAAGCCAAAAAGGUUUAGAUUGAUUUCUUUUCUUUCUCUCUGUCUUUAAAGAUAUAGUGAUUUUAGAUGUGUUCAUUAAAAGCAUAGGAUUUGUUGACAUAAAAAUAUUCAAUUGAAGUCUCAAAUUCUAAUUUUAUUUU